UGGCUUCGAAUUCAGUCUGUCUGAGAAAAGCGGAGAGGACUGCGCUUGUUAUUUCAUUACCCACGUAGAGCACAUGAACACUCUGAAAAUAAAACGAAUUAUUUAAAGUUUUAGUUGCAGAGGAUGACAUUCUGGUGUCAGAUGGCAUUCUGGUGUCUGUCCCUACAGUGCUGGGAUAUCACUCUUGUGUCAGGCUCCUGUAGCCCUGUGGGUGGCUGUUCGUCAUGACUGCAGUUUCCCAACACUUGUCUUGGUACUGGAUGUAUGUACAGUGCAAGUGCUGUUCAGCCAUGAGACAUUUUCCAUUUCUGUGUGUGUCUACCACCUUGAUUUCUAUACAGAAUAAUAAUAAACGUACUGUACUUACAAGUACUGUUACGCAUUAGCCCUUUUCAGUUUUGUGUCUUCAUUUUUACAUAGCACAAUUCUUUUGCUUUGGCAGAUACUUGCAUUAGGGUCUUUUAGACGAAAGGCACUAUUGCACAUCUUUGUGGUUUGCAUCACAUGGCUCAAGUAUCGUUCUGAUGUUUUCUAGGGUUGCAGUUCAUCGUAGUUAGGAACAGUAUUCCAAGUACUAUGUUAGGCAAAAUCGUUUCUAAAAUCUGUGUAAAAUGUGCUUUUGAACCCCUUUGUUUUGACAGGCAUUCAUUUUAGGUUUGUAACAGAAGAUGUUCAGUGGAUGUUGACCCUGACAAGCAACGACACUCUGUGCUCAGAAUUCUGAUGAAUGCCAGAUUGCCAUUGAUCUUACUACUACUUCCACUCCAUCUAAUCCAAACUACAAACGUUGUCAGUGUCACCUGUUUCUAAACAAGAAACCGGUGGCUCACCUAAGGCAGGAAGCAAAUGAAAUCUGGUAGCAAAAUGUUUUUUUGUUGUUGUUUUGAUAAGUCCAGUGAUCUACAAAGUUGGGUGUUUCACUCAGCAGGUGUCUUGGUGGUCUGCUUGACAAGACCUGAAAGAGUUGAGAACAGAAGCAGUUUGUCAGUAACACGCUGAAGUGAUGAGCAAAAGAGGAAGUCGUCUCGUGUAUAUGCCCGUGCGCCGCCGUAGGAAACGUAGAGAAAAGACCACUAUGUACUCUAAAGGCACCAAACGUAAGUUCGCUGACGGAGCAGACGCGGUGGCCGGCGGCAACCCCGAGGGUCCCAAGAUGGCGCCAUACAGCCUGCAGCGUCAGUCCCUCCUGGACAUGUCUCUGAUCAAGCUGCAGCUGUGCCACAUGCUGGUGGAGCCCAACCUGUGCCGCUCGGUGCUCAUCGCCAACACCGUGCGGCAGAUCCAGGAGGAGAUGACCCACGACGGCAGCUGGCAGGUGGUCACCGACGCCUUCGCCAACUCCGGUCAGAGCUCAUCUGAACGCCUGGUUGCCACGGAGGUUCUGUGCCGGUCCCCGGGACUGGAGCAGGAUGCGGGGCCCAAGCUCUUCUCUGUGAUGGGCUAUGAUGGAUGUCACGAAGAGGAGGUCGUGGCCGACGAGGCCUUGUGUUCUGUCGCUAUAAGCGACAGAGCCACUACCUGUCUCUUGGGGACCAUUGGCCACUGCUGGGAGAGGGCCGAGCUGAGGACGGAGGCCGAUUUAGAGAACGGCGCGACUGAAGACUCGGGUUUUGGAGAUGAUGAGGAGGAGGAGCUGUCAGGUCAAGAGUCCAAAAUGUCAACGGGAAAGGUUUUUGGAAAGUUUGAGAUCAAAAACAAUAACCCCGGGUCAGACGCAGCACUCGAGGAGCUGUUUUCAGAUGUUGACGCCUCUUACUAUGACUUGGACACCAUGCUCACCGGCAUGCAGAGCGCCCCUAAAAUGGGUCCUUACGACCUCUUGGACAGCCUGGCUUCCUCCCAUGGCCCUGCCUCCAACUCGAGCUGUAGGGCCGAUCUCAAUGAACUCGACCACAUCAUGGAGAUAAUUGUGGGUUCAUAGACUUGCUUCCAAUCACAGACACUGUUAUCAUGUAAAGCUGGUAUCUUUCAUUUAAUUUUGGUUUAAUCCACGUUAAGGCUUGGAUACUGCCCCCAUUUUUGUGUGUGCCAUCGCUUUGUCCUGUAUGUGAUGUGACAAGGCCAACAAUGACACUUGGUGAAUUAUAUUUCAAAGCAAGUAAGGAGUAUUUGAAUUGGUUUUCAAACUUCAUCAUUCUUAUUUCUUUUGCAUGUUUUUGUAUGUGUAUUUUUUUUACGUUUUUUUUUGUACCUAUUGUUGGUUUUCCAUUUAAUUUAUUGUACUUGCAGAAUAUCACUACAUGAACUGAGCGCCGAACAAGAUAUUUACAUGUACAAAUAUUUUCUUAAAAAAUGAUGAAAGAUUGAUAAAAAGUUUAUAUAAAAGUAUUCUACUAUAUAUUUUUAAAAAGUUAUACAUUUUUGAUAAUUUUCACUAUUGUUUUAUUUUCUAUAUGCCUUUAUCCAGAGUAUCUGCACAAAAUCUCUUAUGUGAUUGGGAGUAAUUUAGCAUUUGUCUUCCUAACUUUGGGUAUGUUUGUGAACUAUAGCAGCUAGGAGGUAGAAAACAUGUUCAAGAAAACAAUAUGCUCAUAACGUAUUGCACCGUCUGCCUUUGUCUUUGGUUUGGUGCUAUUUGUGCAGUGUAGCAUUGUUCUGACUCCUACAACCUCAACACCUUCAGCCAUACAACUUAUGCACCAGGGUUAGUUGCACCUAGCCUGUGCGCUGUCAUUUGUUUGCCAUUAGAAGUCACAUAUUCUGAAUAGUUUCUUUUUCAAGUGAAGAAUAUUUAUGGGUAUUUCCCAUUUGUCAUGACUUUUAACUUAUUAUAUUUAUUAACUGCAAACAUAUAUGCUUUAACUUGGUCAUACUUCAGAGUUUUCAGUUGUGAAACAUGGUAUUGGGUUACAAAUGUUAUUGUAUGAAUUUAGUGCUCUUACAAUGAAAGUAUUUAAACUUUGUUAGGCUAAGCAAACUAUGGCAAAAUGAUAUAUUGGCUGUGUUUGCAACACUCAAAACAUGCAGACACCUAAUGCGGUAUACGAAUAACCUGUCUUACUAAAUAGUUUGUUUAGUUUUCUACAUUUGUCACUUAGUGCAGUCGUUUUUAAGACACCUGCAUGUUGGAAUCAGGAUCUAAAGAAAUUGUUAUUCCGCACACUUUUUGUGUUCAAAGGUCUUUGCUCAGGCACAUGAUGACAUUGGGAGAAGAAUUUGUAUUGACUGUGUGGGAACAAUUAGGAGUGAGAUAUAUUACUUAUUUUAUCAUUAAAGAUGACUUAUGCGGUUUCUGACCAUGAUCUAGUAUAGAUGAUGCAUUUUUAUACAUACAAACUGUAGCAGUUUAUACGUUUCAAAAAAUAAAGGAUACAACAUAUUA